UAAAACAUCCCGUGAGACGGUUACUUAAGGUCCUUGGCGUCUUUGCCUUUAGGUAGUUUUUGGAAUUUGACGAUUUCUAAGGAAUCUCGCGGAGUUUACCAAAGCAUGAUGGUCUAAAGGAUAGUCAUCUCAGGUUUCGAUAGCCAACAAUAGCAAGCAAGAUGACAGUGCUUGUAAGUCUACGCGUUCAGCCGUCAAACCAUGUGCACUGACGCUCACUUUCACAUUCGAAUUGGACCGACUUCUUGUAUAUUAACUAGACUUUGGACGGGUAAAAAUGAGAGGAAUACUAAUAUUAUUGUGGGCAAGUUUUCUCGUCACAUCGCUAUCGAUGUCACAACACAAUGAGUGUAACUUCAUGGAACAGGUCAUUCAAUCUAGUCAAGAUUUUCGAAUCUGUGUCUGUUCAAACCAAGUAUACGUCAACUGCACUUUAAAUAGAGUAAAUGUUGCUACGAAAGAUCUCUCCAAGAAAGAGGAAAGUUGUUACAAGAGAAAUUUAAAGUUAGCCGAUACUUCGGGCAAGAAAGCAUGUGUAUGUUCUAGACUCAAACAUUGUCACAGCAAACAGCAACAGCAACUGCACAAAGCUACGUGUGCAAGAAGAGCUGUCAUGAAAAUGAACCCAAUUCUGUCACAUUUCAAAACACUGUGCUGCGAUAUGCAAAACGUAUUGCUAAAGCUCUGGUUUAAACUCGAGAAAAAGGUCUUCUUGCGCCUUGUUAAAUUAAUUAGUCACGAUUCUCUCGACGCUAGAACGAUUACUAUGAGGUUAAGAAGGAGUAAUUGGUGCAAAGCUUUUCACGUGGAGUGCCUUAAAGUAGAUUUAUUAAUACGURAAGGUUGCAAAGUCAAAACCAAACUACGACGAAGAAACAAGCGAGAUAUCAAGGACUCAUACAGAAACUCUAAAACAGAGUUUGCACCUUUUUCCACAGCUACGACAAAAAGACUUGAGUACCACACAAGACAAACUGCGACAACAAGUGCACAGAUAGCAAGAGUUUCUGAAGCAUUUACGACAAAAUCCAUGGUGGCAAGAUCUACAGCAACCACUGGGAUUGAUGAAGGAAGACAAUUACUAUAUAUGUCAUCUUCUUCAUCAUUAAUAUCAUCACCAUCAUCAAUAUCAUCUUCGUUGUCAUCAAUAUCAUCAUUGUCAUCGUCAUCAUUAUCAUCAUCACUAUCAUUAUCAUCAUUAUCAUCAACAGAAAGGGAGUUUUCUCAGGGAUUACUGUCAUCCUCACAUCUCUCCCAAAAUCUGAGUCCUUUACAAAAUUAUGUCGAGCCCUCGACGGCAACCAGGGAUCAAAGCAAAAUCGCGCAACUGCAAACGACCUUAUUUUCAAGUACAGAGACGUCAACGUAUAUUAAAGAUCAGAAGACAAGGCUGAUGGUUGGACGAUCAACUUCAUUACCAUCUGUGGCAAUACCUUUUUCAACAUCAGUGACAUCAUCAUUAACAUCGUCAGUCACGUCAGAAGAACAAUUAGAUGAUUCGUCUUCACGAAGAUAUUCAUCAUCUUCAUCAUCCUCAGCAUCAAUACGAAUAAAGGGCUCCCCUUUUCCAUCGUAUACAUCAUCUUCAACAUCAUUAUAUUCCUCAUCUUCAUCGCCAACUCCAAGACACUGGUCUUUAGGGGUUACAAAGUCGAGUCCUGAGCCAUCCAAUGCUCAAGGGAUGUCACCCAAGGAAUCAACGACUAAUGCAAGAUCUACAGCUGUUUUGCCUAAAAAUCCUAUAUAUUCAGAGUAUUUAAGGACCAUCACCCACGACAUGACUCCUGUCAAGCAAACGAGUACUCAUUCAGUAACGAAAAGUAAAACGCUGACACCAUCCAUGGUAGAUCAUAAGAUUACUAAGAUAUAUGAUUCUUCUGAUGUUAGAACUUCAACUCCAAUAUUGCAUUCAGAAUUGCAUCACAUAAACCCGACUUCUGUGAGUACAUAUGAACUCUCUCUUGCUGAUCCCACAUUUGUUCAUCAAAUGCCUGAUAAGAUAGAAUCUUCAGUUAGACUGUUCGCUACGAGUAGCCUUGCAAGGAGAUCGACGACGCUGCCAGAUGUGGACAUUCGUUCGAGUUAUGACAGCAGAAUUACUCUCCACAAGAGAAAAACUUUGGACAUUAUGCCAUCUGAAACUUAUAGUGCGACGAAGGCGUUCACAACUCUUCCAUUGUCUUCAAGUAAAGUUGCACCACCUUCAGAUCACAGUAACAAGAUAAAAUCAAACGCAUCCUAUGCAUCAACACAAAGAACUGAGUCCAUGAUGGGGCAUGAAUCAAACAUCUCGACAACAAGGUCUCCUUCCACGAAGACAACAUACAUAUACGAAUAUUCGUCUGUAAAUGGCGCAAGAGGUUCAAGUAUCAGAGUCAUAAAACCAAGUCCUCGAAUGACGCUGACUUCAGUAAGUCCAACACCUGAAUUACACAUGACAGUACCUGUAUCCAGUUUGGAAACUAAAGGAGAACCCAAUGCAAGAAAUGGUUCAUAUCAAACAACAUUAAUACCAUUAUCAUUGCCAUCAUCACCAACUUCAUCUUCAUCAUCAUCACCAACAUUGAUAUCAUUACCAUCAUCACCAAAUUCAUCCUCAUCAUCACCAACAUUGAUAUCAUUGAUAUCAUCACCAAAUUUAUCAACACCAUUAUCAUCACCAACAUUGAUAUCAUUGCCAUCAUCACCAAAUUCAUCAUCAUCAUCAUUAUCAUCACCAACAUUGAUAUCAUUGCCAUUAUCACAAAAUUCAUCAAUAUCAUCAUCGUCACCAACAUUGAUACCAUCACCAAAUUUAUCAACACCAUUAUCAUCAGCAUCAACGUCACAGUUGAGAAUGUCAUCGUCAUCAUCAACAUCAUCGCCACCAUUAUCAAUGACAGCGUCAGAAUCAUCAAUUGUAUCGAUAUCUGCAUCGUUAUCAAUUCAGCCAUCAAAGUCAAAAGCAUUAAUUUCAACUUCGUAUUUAUCUGCAACAUCAACGCCAUCAGUUUCCACAUAUUUGUCACCUUCAGAAACAUCACCACGAACAGCAUAUCUUUCAUCAUCAACAUUUAUAUCAAAACCAUCGUCUUUCCAAAACAUAUUCAUUAAAGAGAGUCAAGUAUCUUCAGCUAUGUCAUCACGGAGUUUGGCUUCUUCAGCCUCCACAAUGCUGCAUGAAGACACUUCAUACAUGUAUUCUAUAGUGCAUCAUUCUCCUUCUUCUUCUUCUUUGCUGCGCAAACCUCUGAAUUUAACUCUUUUAGCUCCAACACUGCCAUCAAAGACAGUAUCUUUAUCAUCAUCGACGACUUCACUCAUCUACAGUACCGUUGAGAAAAAAUCCGCUAUGGGAAAAAUAUUAGACACUUUUUCUUCGUUAAGUUAUUCGUCCGACAUCUCAACACGACCGACACCAAGCCUCACUAAGUACUCUUACAUGGUUCCUUCAUCAACGAUAUCCGCAAUUAAGUCAAUAAAGUCGCCAGUUUUAUUACCGGUGUCAUCACCAUCAUCGCCAUCAUCAUUAUCGCCAUCACCAUCACCAUCACCAUCAACAUCGUCUUUGCCAUCACCAGCACCAUUGUCGUCGCCAUCACCAUCACCAACACCAUCGUCGUUGCCAUCACCAUCAUCACCAUCGUCGUCGCCAUCACCAUUGUCGUCGCCAUCACCAUUGUCGUUGCCAUCACCAUCACCAAAACCAUUGUCGUCACGGUUAGCACCAUCAUCAUCAACAUCGUUACCAUCGACGUCAUCUGCCUCAUCUGGUGAGAUAACAUCGCCAUUAUCGUUGUCGCUGACACCAUUACAUUCAACAUUAUUGUCGUCAUUGACACCACCACUUUCUUCUUCGUUGACACUAUCAYCAUCGUUGUCAUCGACAUCAUCACGCCUAUUUUCGAUGGCACUGUGGUUGUCAACAUCAUCACCAUUUUCGUCAUCGACAUCAAUUUUGUUAAUGCCAUCAUUAUCGUUGCCACCGGGAUCAUCAGAAUCAUCUUCGUUGAUACCAUCAUCAAUACAGUUAACACCGUCAUCAUCAUCAUCAAUAACAGUGAGCACCACAAUUGUACAAUUACCUAAAAAUGAUACCAUUUCGCAAUCGAAAACACUUCUCAUGCCACAAACCUCUUCGCCACCAUCUUCAGCAGAGCCAUCAAUCAAGGAGAUAUUUCUUGCUGUCUUUGAUGGAAACUGUCUUGACGUAACUCCAAGGAAAAGCUUUAAAGCUGCUUUUAUCGACACCCUUACAGACCUUGAGAUAGCCAAUCAGCGAAUUGGUAUAUUGAACAUCACAUGUGGAUCAAUUAAGGUGCUCUUCUACAUAAUACACAAACGAACGAGCAAUAUUGCUGAGGUUUUUGAUAGGUUAGUAAAGGAAGGGAAGAUAAGAAUUGUUUUUAAAGGAAAGACAUACAGGGCAUUAAGUAUAACGUCUCUCCACCCAACAACAACACGCCCAACGACAUCAUCUCCCUCGUUUAUCAACCCUACAGUCAUUGUUUUCACAGCACAAAUCAACGAGAAAAGACUAGUAAAAAUUGUGUUUGUCUUGUUUGUGAGCUCCUUUGGAGCACUGGCACUGUUUGGGGUAGUGAUUUGCAUUGCUCGAAUUUAUGGACGACAAAGAUAUGCAAGACUAAGACUCAAAAGCAAUACCCUAUCAUCACGAGGAACGAACCAGAUUUAUAAGAAYGAGCUAGAGCUCAUUCGCAUGUCGCCGCUGCACCGGUAUGCAGAUUAUUAUGGCGGAACAAACCAGGACGCCCCGAAAGAGGAGUCAGAUGAGGAAGAUAAUAUCAACAAUAGAACAGCUUUGCUAAAUAUGUUGAGAAAUGGCGAAAUUGCAUCUAGGAGAGGAAAAAUCAUGGUCAAAGAUGAUGAUUCUUACUCAAGUAUUGCUUUCUACUGAAGUAUAGUUUACAAUAGUGUAUCGAUUGGUGGGAGACCAUGACCACAUAUAGACCCCUUGCAGCACAUUGGAAGGCUGCUCAAUUUGGAGGACAUAAUAAUAGGUUUCCAAUUCACUCAUGAGAUUGAAAUUCUUUUGUUUUGUCCUCUAUUGAGCUGCUUUGACAUAA